UGUCACCGCCUUCUCUUCAACAUCGAAUUUGUCCUCCUUUUUCUGUCCAGCGUUCGGAAAAAAUGGGAACUAGAUUCGGAGCCUUUGCACUGACCCUCUUGCUUUCAAGCCUGUCCUUUUCUCUUGCAUUUUCUACAUCAAAUGAUGGAUUGGUCAGAAUAGGACUCAAAAGGUUGAAGUUGGAUCAGAACAAUAGGGUUGCUACCCGGCUCGAGUCCAAGGAAGCAUUGAGAGCCUCAAUUAGGAAGUACAAUCUCCGAGGUAAACUUGGGGAUGCUGUAGACACCGACAUUGUUGCAUUGAAGAACUACAUGGAUGCCCAGUACUUUGGAGAGAUUGGGAUUGGCACUCCCCCGCAGAAAUUCACUGUGAUUUUUGAUACUGGUAGCUCCAAUCUUUGGGUGCCAUCUGCAAAAUGUUAUUUUUCUGUCCCUUGUUUCUUCCAUUCCAAGUACAAGUCCAGCCAGUCGAGUACCCACAAAAAGAAUGGGAAACCAGCUGCAAUUCACUAUGGAACUGGGGCCAUCUCUGGGUUCUUCAGUGAAGAUAAUGUCAAAGUUGGUGACCUAGUUGUAAAGAAUCAGGAAUUUAUUGAAGCGACAAGGGAACCUAGUGUUACAUUUUUGGUGGCCAAGUUUGAUGGCAUACUGGGACUUGGUUUCCAGGAGAUCUCAGUGGGAAAUGCGACUCCAGUGUGGUACAACAUGGUCAGGCAAGGUCUUGUUAAGGAGCCUGUAUUCUCAUUUUGGCUCAACCGAAAUGUGGAGGAAGAAGAGGGUGGUGAAUUAGUUUUUGGUGGAGUUGAUCCAAAUCAUUUCAAGGGUAAACACACAUAUGUUCCUGUGACACAGAAGGGGUACUGGCAGUUUGACAUGGGUGACGUACUGAUUGAUGGUAAAGAAAGCGGGUACUGUAGUGGUGGAUGUUCAGCAAUUGCUGACUCUGGGACCUCUCUGAUAGCUGGCCCAACGACUGUGGUCGCAAUGAUUAACCAUGCUAUUGGGGCCUCUGGUGUUGUUAGCCAACAGUGCAAGGCUGUGGUUGAACAAUAUGGCCAAACUAUCAUGGAUCUUCUUUUGGCGGAGGCUCAGCCAAAGAAGAUAUGCUCCCAAGUUGGGUUAUGCACAUUCGAUGGAACUCAUGGUGUUAGUGCUGGCAUUCAGAGUGUGGUGGAUGAAAAAGAUGGCAGAUCAUCUGGCUUGGGUGACGGUAUGUGCUCUGCUUGUGAAAUGGCUGUUGUGUGGAUGCAAAACCAACUCAGACAGAAUCAGACUCAAGAACGCAUCUUGAACUAUGUGAAUGAGCUUUGUGAGCGGCUCCCUAGUCCCAUGGGAGAAUCAGCUGUUGAUUGUGCAAGCAUUUCUUCUAUGCCAACUAUUUCUUUCACAAUUGGGGGAAAACCUUUUGAUCUGUCUCCAGAACAGUACAUCCUUAAGGUUGGUGAGGGCGCUGCUGCACAAUGCAUUAGUGGUUUCACUGGUCUGGAUAUUCCUCCGCCUCGUGGCCCUCUUUGGAUCUUGGGAGAUAUGUUUAUGGGUCGGUACCACACCGUGUUUGAUUUCGGGAAACUCAGAGUAGGGUUUGCUGAAGCUGCUUAGACAGGCCCCUCACCCAGUUGAUGUCAAUAGUGUUGUUUGCUUUAAUCCGUGCGAGCAAAAACAGCUUGGAUGAAUUGUUGUUACUUCUAAGGGUGGUGACUGUUGGGAGGAACAGUACAUGUAUAUAUAUGCCCCUCUUCCGCAAUGUGUUUUAACCUUAUAAAUGAGAAGCUGCUUGCGCGUAUUACAGACUCCGGAAUGUGAUGGAGCUUGUGUGAAAA